AUGAGGCAGGAACGAGGACCAUGCGUCAUCCCCCGUAACGAUGGCUCCGGCAAGCCCGCCGGCAUCCAGUGCCCCGAGCAUGGGCCCGAAUUCAUCGACUUCGGCCUGCUCGUGGACCUGUCGCUGCCCAGCACCGUGCUCACAGCAGCGUCACCGCCUCCAACUCCCUCUCACCAGGAGAUCGAGUUGGCCCCUACCUGUCCGCUGCUCGCGAACCCAAGGGCAGGCGAGAAAACACCACCUAAUCCACCUCUCGAGAACCCCAAGAAUGGCGAUGACACUCCAGACGUCACACCUCCGGGUCCCGGGCGGCCAUUCGCCGGCCUGGCCAACCAACCGGGCAAGCCAGCCCCGGCUCCUAAAUCCACCUAUAAAACGGCUGAAACAUUCCCUCAGCAGGCAGCGAACCCCCAGCCAAGAGGAACAACGCCGAACACCAGCCGCCCCAGUGCUACAACGAAACGGGAAGGAGGACAACCCAGGGGACCAGCCGGAGGCAAACGUCGCAAGCCUCGACACUGGUGUUUCGACUGCCGUCGACAUGGCCACGCACACCAGGUAUACCCGACUCCAACCGGCGACCUCUUCAGAACACGGCCCAGUGAGGCAACCAGCCGAAGGACGAACGGCAGUUCACUGCAGUAA